AUGGUCUCGACGCGCUUCCUGCCUUACUUCACUCUCCUGGCGGGCGUCCUCAAGGCCGCGACUGCGGCUCCCGAUGGCUCCGCGCCGAACGUCGUCGACCUCGGCUAUGUAAAGUACAGAGGGAACUUGUCGUACCCGGACACAGUCGCAUAUCUCGGCGUGCCGUACGCUGAGCCGCCUAUGGGAGAGCGCCGCUGGAGGGCACCUUUGGCAUUGAACACUUCCCGCGUCUCGAGCGAAGCUGGGGGGCAGACAGUCAACCUGACCACAAAUCCGGACUUCUGUGUUCAAGGAAGCACUGGAGCCGGCGACGCAGGGGGUGCCGGAAGCGAAGACUGUCUGAAGCUCAAUAUCUAUGCACCGGCCGGCGCAAAGAAGGGCGACAAUCUGCCCGUGCUCGUCUACAUUCAUGGUGGAGGCUACGUUUACGGCAAUCCGGCUAACUGGCCGUUCGACCACUGGAUCCACCAGUCUCCUAAUGUCGUGAUCGCGUCCGUCUAUUAUCGACUGGACUCUAUCGGGUUCCUUACCGUUCCCGAAUUCGAGACGGAGGGCCUAGGUGAUCUCAACGCAGGCUUCCUCGACCAAAUUCAGGCGCUCAAGUUCGUCAACGAGCACAUCGCCUCAUUCGGCGGUGACCCGAGCAAGGUCACCAUUAACGGCCAGAGUGCUGGUGGCUCAAGCGUUGAGUUGCACUUGACUGCCAACACCGGCAGGAACUUGUUCCAUCAGGCAAUUGCGCAGAGUGUGUACAGGACCCCCCUGCCGACUCCCGAGCAGCAACGGCCCAUGUUCGACUACUACGCCGAGCAGGCAGGCUGCGGCACUGGCUCCGUUGCGACGAAGGUCGCAUGCCUUCGUCAGGCCGACGUGAGCGCUCUCUCGCAUGCUCAGGAUCUCGUGAUGUACAACUUCACUGGGUUGUACAACUCCUUCCACCCGGUCGUCGAUGGCAAGCUGUUCACCGAGACGCCCACGAUCUCCCUUCUGAAGGGCAACUUCGCACACGUUCGCGUCAUCGUUGGGUCGACAUCCAACGAGACCCUCUCCGGCGGCGACAACAUCACCCAAGCCCUGAAGGAGUACUUCCCCGGUCUGACGCAAACCGACCUGCAGCAGUUCCUCGAGGUGUACCCCGAAUCCGACUUCGAUAACGCGACGCAGCGCUUCGAGGUCGCCACUGGCGAACCCGACGUCCGCUGCGGCCGCUCGAUCAUCGGGCUCGCCGCAGCGCAGAAGAGCAAGGCCUUCACAUACCGCUACAACCAGCGUCCGAGCACGCAGGCCGCGGACGACACGGAGGUCCACCACUCGGCCGAGAACUGGAUGAUGUUCCGAGGCACGAGCACGGGCUUCAACGGCACUACGACCUUCCAGCCCCAGACCCCCCAGGACGAGGCGUUCGCCGCUGAACUCAUCGCGUAUUGGCUCUCGUUCGUGCGCGCGGGUGAUCCGAACACGUUCAAGCUCGACCGAUCGCCCGAGUGGCCGGCGUAUACUAUGGGAGGCAAGGAGCGCAUCGUGCUGCAGGAGCCGAAGACGAACGAUACGAGUGUAAGCGGGAGCAUAGCGGAGCAGGAGCCGAGAUUGGAGACGAGCCGAUGUGCCUUCGUUGCGAGCAAGGCGGUUCAUCAGCAGGCUUGA